GGCGGCGCUGCUCUCUGGCUCGGCCCGUCGCUGUCACCGCCAGGAGGAGGCUGCGGCGGCUGCGCUUUCCCGACCGGCCUGGUGCCCGCCAGCCGCCGCAGCUUGCAGGAAGAAGCCGCCGCUUCUGCAGUUGCCGCCGCCAUCAUGGUGCCCGGGGCUGCAGCCUUGCUGGUUGCCUGGGGGCUCUGAGCCCCCCUCAUCACCUCCUCUUCCUCCUGUCGCCGGUCGUGCCGUCGCCGACGUCGCCACCCGCCUCCGCCCUUCACUCCGCCGUUUUGGGCCGCCGGUUACUGCACUUAAGAAUGAACAUUGAAGAUAAGCUAGGAGGAUUGUUUCUUAAAUGUGGUAGCAUAGAACAGAUGCAGUCAUCGAGGGAUAUGGUUGGAAUGGGUGCCACCUCUAAUCAGUCAGCAAUUUCUGUGGAACGGCAAGAGGCAGUGCUUCAAGACCGGGCUAUGGCACGUCAAGAAAUUCUUUCUGCAGAUGAAGUUUUACAAGAAAGUGAACUCCGGCCGCAAGAAAUGAUCCCACAUGAUGAACUUAUGGUUCAUGAAGAGACGGUGAAAAAUGAUGAUGACAUGGAGGGACAAGACAGACUUCCUCAAGGGCUUCAUUACGCAGUUAAUGUUCCUCAGAUCAGUGUGAAACAAGAAAUUACAUUUACUGAUGUGGCUGAGCAGCAGAAACGGGACAAAAAGUUAAUGCGAGAAGGCAUAGAUAUGCAAAAGAAGAAGAAAAGAAAGCAGCGUUCUCCAGCAAAGAUCCUUACAAUAAAUGAGGAUGGAUCACUUGGUCUGAAAACUACCAAAUCUCACAUUUGUGAGCAUUGUAAUGCUGCCUUUAGAACCAACUACCAUUUACAAAGACAUGUCUUCAUUCAUACAGGUGAAAAACCAUUUCAGUGCAAUCAGUGCGAGAUGCGUUUCAUACAGAAGUACCUUCUACAGAGACAUGAGAAGAUUCAUACUGGUGAGAAACCAUUUCGAUGUGAUGAAUGUGGCAUGAGAUUCAUACAGAAAUAUCACAUGGAAAGACAUAAGAGAACUCAUAGUGGAGAGAAGCCUUAUCAGUGUGAAUAUUGCUUUCAGUUCUUCUCCAGGACUGAUCGUGUACUGAAACACAAACGUAUGUGCCAUGAAAACCGUGACAAGAAACCCAAUAGAAGUGCCACCAAAGUUGGCCUUUUGGCUCCUGAUGAAGAUCAAGGCUUCCCUCUAUCUUUGAAAGACUGUUCUUUGCCAAAAAAGAAGAGGCAAAAAACAGAGAAAUUGAAAUCUGGGAUGGAUAAAGAAACUGGGAUGGACAAGUCUGAACAUAAGAAAGAUAAGAAUGAUUUCUUGCCAUUGUAUGCUGGCAGUACUAAAAUAAAGGAUGAAUAUAUGGUGGCGGAAUAUGCAGUUGAGAUGCCCCAUUCUUCUGUCACUGGAGGGCAUUUACAGGAAGCAAAUUCUGGAGAGAUACACCCACCUAAACUAGUGCUCAAAAAAGUUAACAGCAAGAGAACCCUCAAGCAGCCACUAGAACAGAGUCAGACCAUUUCAUCCCUAGCUUCUUAUGAAGACAGCAAGGUUUCAAAAUAUGCCUUCGAUCUUGUGGAUAAACAAGGCUUACUGGAUGCUGAAGGCAACGCUGAUAUCGACCAAGUUGAUUCUUUACAGGAAGGUCCCAGUAAACCCGUCCACAGCAGCACAAACUAUGAUGAUGCAAUGCAGUUUUUAAAGAAGAGGCGGUAUCUCCAAGCAGCUAAUAGUAACAGCAGAGAAUAUGCCUUGAAUGUUGGCACUAUUGCUUCACAGCCAUCAGUCACUCAAGCAGCUGUUGCAAGUGUGAUAGAUGAAGGUAGCACAGCAUCGAUAUUGGAUACAUCGGCACUGAAUGUGGAGAUUAAAGGAAACCAUGACAAAAGUGUCAUUCCAGAUGAGGUACUUCAGACUCUUUUAGACCAUUAUUCCCAUAAAGCCAACGGCCAGCAUGAAAUUGCUUUCAACGUGGCUGAUACUGAAGUGACUUCCAGUAUAUCCAUAAAUUCUUCUGAAGUCUCAGAGGUUACACAAACGGAAAAUGUUGGGACAAGUUCUCAAGGCUCAUCCUCUGAUAAAGCCAGUAUGUUACAGGAAUAUUCCAAGUUUUUGCAGCAAGCUUUGGACAGGACAAGCCAAAAUGAUGCCUAUUUGAACAACUCAAGCCUUAAUUUUGUGAAUGACAACCAGACUCUUACAGGACAACCAGCAUUCUCUGCUAUUGACAAACAGGUCUAUGCAUCUAUACCUGUUAACAGUUUCCGAUCGGGAAUGAACUCUCCCCUGAGAACAACUCCGGACAAGUCUCACUUUGGACUUAUAGUUGGCGAUUCGCAGCACUCUUUUCCCUUUUCAGGUGAUGAGCCAAAUCACUCUUCAUCGUCCUCCACCCAGGACUUCUUGGAACAAGUGACUUCUCAGAAGAAGGCAGAGGCACAGCCUGUCCAUCAAGCGUAUCAGAUAGGCUCGUUUGAGCAACCCUUCAGGGCUCAGUAUCAUGGAACAAGAGCUGGAUUAUCAUCUCAGUUUAAUACUGCUAAUGGACAAGUGAACCUGCGGGGGCCAGGGGCAAGUGCUGAUUUCCCAGAAUUUCCUUUGGUGAAUGUAAAUGAUGCUCGGGCAGGGAUGAACACAUCACCUGAUGCAACAACAGGCCAAACAUUUGGCUAAGAAAACCUGUAGAAAUAACAUUGGCACUUUAUCACAGGUCUGUUGAGAAUGAGUGUCUUCUGUAUAAGAUGGCUUCUAUACAGAUUGAAGGCCUUGUGUUAUAAUGAAAAAGUAAGCUGGUACAGCAUAUUAAUAAUUUUUUAAAUUAAUUGUCAUUCUUUUUGAAUUGCCUUAUAAGUGGGUGCCCACUGAAAAGGCAGGUGGCUGUUUCCUUUUUUUUUUUUUUUUUUUUUGAGAUCAGGAAUUUGCUGUGUUGAGAUUGAUUUUAAAAAAAUGAAGCAAACCAAAAAAAAAUAUCCAGUUACGAUAUCUCUCCCGUAAUAAUUUCCUAGUUUGAUUAACUAUGAUGAUUUGGGAGAGAAUGAUCAUUAUGAAAUUAUUCAUAUUGCAUUUCCUAAUUAGUCCAGUUAUUGCACUUCAUCAGGGAAUAUGAAUAAGCUGUACAAAUCCAAAAGUUUAAAUGUCAGGAGAUUGUAGUUAGAAGCUACAAAACAUUUGGGGAGGGGGGGGGGGAGAGAACAGGACUUAUUUUUAAAAAAACUGUUAAAUCCACAUUACCACCCUUCUAUUGAUUUCCUUUAAUACUCUUUAAUGAAAAUAAUGUUUGCUAGACACAUUUUCCUAUUUAAAUGUUUGAUUAAUUAAAAGUUAUUUAAAAGCUAAGUCCCUCUUAUUCAUGCAUUUAAAUUUUCAUUAAUUUUUACCAGUGAUGACAGUUAAUGAGAUGGUUAGAUUUUAGCUUUGGAGUCUAUGUUCCCAGUUUUGUAAUGUUCCAUAAAUGAUAAAACUCCAGGAUUUAAAAUUUAACUGUAUUUCAUCCUACAAAUUUGCAAUAAUUAACAUUAGAGCACUUAGAUCCUUCCUCAUAUUUCUCCUUUAAAAAAAAUUGAAAAAACUAUUUUUGAGAUUUAGGCUCACUAUCCAGCAUUAUUUUCACCUCACAUUAUAGAUUUUUUUUUUUAAAAAAAAAUUAAAAAUGAAAAUAAAGGGGAUGCCUUAACAUCCACAAAAUUAGAUUUACUUACCCAGAAACUCUCGGCACUUCAGCUUGUUAGAUACUAUAAACUUUCUCUAAAGCAGUUAUUCUUGCUGCAUCUCUUAACCUGGAUGAGCAAUUUCACUGUACUUUUUUGCCAGCCAGGGCUGGUGAACAGUGUCAGUGACAGAAAGCUAUACAGUCCCUAUUUUAAUAUAUUUCAUAUACAAUAAAGUGUAAAUGUUGUCCCUUUCCCAAUUUCACUGUAAAGUUGUCCUCAGUUAAACAGUAUGCUGCAACAAUUCUAUAUACACUUUUUUAAAUGGCAUGGUUUUACUUAACAUAAAUGUUGGCAUAAUUUAACCAUUUUUAAAACUGGAAAAAAUGAUUUUUAUUCCGGUCUGUAAUAGAAUAAAUAUUUUAUUCUUUUCAUGAAUUCUAUUCUAUGUAUCCAUUAAUAGAAAACUAUAAGUAGUAUUACUGAAAAGCUGAGUGCUUCUCUUUCCCAAAUGAAAAUAAUUCAGAUAGGGGGGCACAUAUUAUUUUAAGAUAUAUUCCUUGCUAUUGUCUCUCACAAAAUCUAAAAAUUUGGUUAAGAAAAAAAAUCCAAAGUAAUUGUGACUUUUAAUUAAACAUAGCUUGUUAUCCCAUUGGCAGUUUUCCUCUCUUCUGUAUCAAGGUCAUCAUAGUAUUUACCUAAGAGUUCUGGAUGGCAAGAUAAAGCUCUUUAAAUCUACUUGUGAAUCUUCGUAGAUUCAUAGUCUCAACAUUCAUUGUACAUUCCUUUCAAUUGCAAUUCGGAAAUUGCAUCCCAUUUUCCUCUACACAAUGCCUACAAAUUUAAAUACCUUAUUAAACAACCCGAAUAAUGAUGCAGUUAUACACAAAUACUUCUAAACAAUUAAUCUUCUAUUCUUCCAUUUGCUAGUUGUAUCUCUGCCCCAAUAACAUGUUAAUUUUAACUGAGCAUGUCCAGCACGAUAUCUCACUGUUCCCCUAUUUAUUUAGUUAACAAUUGAUUGUGUUCCAGUGAAGUAAGCAAGAUGGGCAAUUAAAACAAUGUAGACAUGUUCAGUAGCUGGAAUAAAAAGCGAGGAAAGUUUGAAGCCAUUUGCAGAUAGCCAAGAGGAACCCAAGGUGUGUGGAGCCUGGGUCUUUAAGAAGAUGUAGGUGUUUACUUCAUAUGAACAAACCUAAUAUGAAAAAAUGAAUAUUGUAAAGGGAGGCAGAGAAUGAACUCUAGCAGACAUUUAAAAUGCUUUAUGUGCAUGGCUAUUUGAUUAUGAUGGCUUCUUGAGAUGAGAUGCAUUGAUGCUAUUCUAUAGCAUCCUUAAAUCUGCAGCAUUUCCUAAUUGGAGAAGGGGGUGCUUUAGGAAGAAAUGUUUAAACCCAAAACGGCAUAGAAGUAUGCAUGAAAUAGCUCAUGUAUUAGUAGAAGCGUUAGCUUUGGUGUUUGUCAUCCUGUCCAUAAAAAUAACGUAAGAUCCCAAAUUACUUUUUACCUAAAAGCAGCUUUCUAUAUUAACUAAGAUGAGGAAAUUUUACAGGUCUAUUUCAUGCACACAGUACAUUGUGAGAUAGUACUACUAAAACUAUAUUUUGCUUGAAUAAAGUUUUAUUACAUUUUGUUUAGGACAUUUUAGCUAAGGUCCUAAAAUCCUGUUAAACUCAACAGUAUAUUUACAGUUCGGGUUGACUAUCCUUUGGUGUCACUUUUAAAUGGAAAUAUACUGCUUAAUUUUAAAAAUUCUUAUUUUCUCAGUCUUCAGUAGAUCAUAUUUGGAUAUAUGCUGGAUCUCAGAGUCUUUCUUGAAAAAAAUAUUGUAAAUGAAGGAAUUGGGUUUUGAUUUAGAGCUGAAAUAGCUACCUUAUCAUUUUGGGGGGCUCAAUGACUCAGGCUAUAUAAUUUACCAAGAAUGAUUUAUUUAAAGAGAAACAACAUGAUGAAUUGCAGUGCACUACAUGUUUGAAGAGCAGUUAGAAUAAUUUGUUUUUCAUUUAUGUUAGAUCACCUUUCUUGCUUUUUCUGAAAUCAGUCUAAAACUUUUAAUAUAGAUUCCAAGGUAAAGCAGGUUGCCACAAUAUUUCAAGAGAACAAGCAGUGUGUCGAAACCUAAAACGUUUUUGUAAUUUCUGUGGAAUAUCUGAUAAUUCCCAAGGUGGUUUUUCCCUUGUUUCUCUUGAGUGGUGUAAAGUCAUGUAGUAGAACUAAAACGAUGACUGUAACUUUAGCCAAGCAUAUUGCAGAGCAUUUGUGUAAGUGCUGCAAAUUAAGAGGCUGUGGACAAAAUGAAUGAAAUACAUUAUAAUGUCAUAUGCUUGCUUUUUUUCCUUAUUUAUUUUGUGACUUUAAAAGGGGAUUCAAAUCAAUAGUGUGAAUAAUACAUUUUAAUGAUAGUUUUUGGAUUUUAUUUCCAUAGUUUUGGGAUUAACUUCAGAAAUAGCUCCACUUGGAUGCAUACAACAUAUGUUCCAUGUUUCCUCAAAUUAUUUUUGAUGAUGUGUGUAAUAUGUUUCAUUAAUAUUUGAAGAAGAUCCAUAGUGGAUCCAAGAUCAGCCUGCUUGAAUAUUUCAGUAUUAACUUGCUUUGUAUUUGUAAAUUUGCAACCUAAAAUUUUGUCGGGUGGAAAUUCUUACUCAAGUUGCAGGGAGAUAUAGAUAUUAGAAUUUAGUUCAGAAAUUUAGAAAACAGAAAUGUGUUUGUGAUCUGGGUAUUUCAUUUGGUAAAACCUCAUGUAAUUUUUCCAAUUGAUGAAAUUAUUAAUAAAAACUAUGUUUAUAUUUUUUUAAAUUCUGCUCAACAGAAGCCUUGCAACUUUUUGAAAUGCUUUUAAUUUCUGUUCAUGCAUGUUUUUUAGGUAUGCAGGACUUUUAACUAUUCUUUUUGCGUGCAAGGAGGAUGUCCUGAGGAAGUAUUACAAUGAAUGAAAAACAACAUUAUGUUAAAUUUAGCUUCCAUUAUUUUUCAAUUAAUUUGUUUCAGGGAAGUUUUCUAAUUGGUUUUGCUAUACGUAUAGAAAUCACUGUUUUUCUUUUCAAUUAUAAUUAAAAGAGAGAGAGAGAGAGUUCUUUUGGUAGUAGACACAAAUUGAAGCAAGCAAUUUUCUCAGAGUUGUUUCUUGCAUUCUUUACCCCCAGUACAUGGAAAAAUAGAAAUAUGUAAAUGUUUAUUUUAUUUUUUUAUGCAAUAUUGUUCUGUAAAUAUGAGUUAUUAAAUAAGGAUAUACCUAUGAUUGAAUCUUUUGAUUCUGCACAGUUAAGAGUUUAUAUAUAAAAUAUAAAUGUGUCUUGACAAUCAAGGACUUACUGUCAGUCUUCCUUUAUGAUGUUUUAUUAAUGUUAUGCAUUCCAUUUGUUAGACUUGAGUACCAAUGUGGGAAUUUGUAUUGUCUGUAAAGUAUGUAAUGUUUUUACAGCUUGUUUUUAAACUAAAAAGGAAAAAAAAA